AGCCAAAAAGUACUUUAAGGAGAAGCGCUUCUCAUAAGCAUCUUCUCUCCUACCCCCUAAAACCGCAAUUUCGACCAAUUUCGAGACUAUAAUUCGAAAAUUUUUAAUUGAGAGGGAGAAAGGGUGGGGGAAUCGAGAUCGGAGCGCACCUGGAACGAGAGGAUGAGUCGCCGGAGCCCUAGAUUGGAUCUGAAGCUGAACCUGUCGCCGCCCAUGGCGAGGGGGGACUCGUCGAGGGGGCGAAUGGCGAUCGACGGCGACGGAGACGAUUCGUCGCCGACGGGGUCGUCGUCGUCGUCGCCGAGCUCGUGCGUGUCGUCGGAGGAGGGAGGAGGAGCGGGGGGGCUGAGGUGGUCGAAUAGCCCCGAGGCGACGUCGAUGGUGCUCGCGGGGUGCCCUAGGUGCCUCAUGUACGUGAUGCUCUCCGAGGACGACCCCAAAUGCCCCAAGUGCAAGAGCCCCGUGCUCCUCGACUUUCGCCAUGGCGGGGGCGGGGGCGGAACCUUCGAAAACAAUAAGAGCGCCCCGAAGAAGAAUCGGAGGACCUAAAUUUCAAAAAAAAAAAAAAAAAAAAAAAAAAAAAAGGGAGCUUCUAGAUGUUUUUUUUUUUUUUCCGUUUUUUCUUUUUCCUUUUGGUUUACUCUUAUUAUGCUUCUUCCUUUUGUUGCUUUUUUUUUUUUUUUUCCUUAGUUUUUUAACAUCUUCAACGGGUUCAUAUGGAUAGAGCAAUUUUUUUUAAGGAACAAAACAAGUUUUUCUCUUAUUACCUACCUACACACUUUAAAAUUGAAAUUGUUCUGUCUCUAACAAAAUUUGCUCGGAUUUUGUAUAUGGGUCGGUGAGAACUGAGAAGCAGCUUUGUUUCUCAUCUCACCUUCAAAAAAAGUCCCUGAACUAUUAGGGAGAUUUCAUUUUAGUCUCCAAACUUUGUGAAAGUUGGGAGCCUAAUUGAAAUUUAGUUAGAAGGUUGAGGAUAACUAGUGCAGUUUAUUUGAAAUGUAAUAUUGGCUCUAUUAUUUUUCUUUGUUUUUUUUU